UUAUGUUUCAAGCAGAGGUUAACAGAAUGAUGAAGCUGAUCAUUAAUUCAUUGUAUAAAAACAAGGAAAUAUUUCUCCGUGAACUGAUUUCUAAUGCUUCUGAUGCUCUGGACAAGAUCCAGUUGAUAUCUCUCACAAAUGAUACUGCACUACAUGCCACAGAAGAGAUGACCAUUAAGAUAAAGGCUGACAAAGAGAAGAACAUGUUGCAUGUCAUGGAUACAGGCUUUGGAAUGACAAAGGAUGAGCUGAUUAAAAACCUUGGCACAAUUGCAAAGUCUGGAACAAGUGAAUUCUUAAAUAAGCUGACAGAGAUGCAAAGUGAUGAUCAAUCUACCUCUGAGUUGAUUGGUCAGUUUGGAGUUGGAUUUUACUCCGCUUUCUUGGUGGCAGAUAAGGUUAUUGUAACAUCAAAGCACAACAAUGGUACACAGCACAUCUGGGAAUAUGACUCCAAUGAGUUCUCUAUCAUAGAGGAUCCACGAGGAAAUACCUUAGGACGUGGUACUACUAUUUCAUUAGUAUUAAAGGAAGAGGCAUCUGACUACCUUGAACUGGACACCAUCAAAAAUCUUGUAAAGAAACACUCUCAAUUUAUCAACUUCCCUAUAUAUAUCUGGAGCAGCAAGACAGAAACUGUAGAAGAACCAAUGAAUGAGGAAGAAACAAAGGAAAAAGAAGAAACUGAUGAGGCAGCAGUUGAAGAGGAAGAUGAAGAAAAGAAGGCUAAAACUAAGAAAGUUGAGAAAACAGUCUGGGAUUGGGAGCUGAUGAAUGAUAUCAAACCAAUCUGGCAAAGACCAAGUAAAGAAAUAGAAGAUGAAGAAUAUACAGCUUUUUACAAGAUCUUCUCAAAGGAUUCUGAUGAACCUAUAGCUCAUAGCCACUUCACUGCUGAAGGAGAAGUCACAUUCAAGUCUAUCUUAUUUGUGCCUAAAACUGCACCCUGUGGUUUAUUUGAUGAAUACGGAUCAAAUAAAUCAGACUUCAUUAAGCUAUUUGUUCGCAGAGUGUUCAUCACAGAUGACUUCCAUGACAUGAUGCCAAAGUAUUUGAAUUUCAUCAAGGGUGUGGUGGAUUCUGAUGAUCUACCUCUGAAUGUGUCCCGUGAGACUUUGCAACAGCACAAAUUGUUGAAGGUUAUUAGAAAGAAGCUUGUACGCAAAACUCUAGAUAUGAUCAAGAAGAUUGCAGAGGAGAAGUAUGAAGAUGAAUUCUGGAAGGAAUUUGGAACUAAUAUUAAGCUAGGUGUAAUUGAGGAUCACUCCAACAGAACACGUUUGGCCAAAUUACUACGUUUCCAGUCCUCUAACCAUGAAACCAAGCGGACCAGCUUGGAGCAGUACUUGGAAAGGAUGAAAGAGAAGCAAGACAAGAUAUACUUCAUGGCUGGAUCAAGCCGAAAAGAGGGUGAAUCUUCUCCCUUUGUUGAACGACUACUGAAGAAGGGUUAUGAGGUUCUAUAUCUGACAGAACCGGUUGAUGAAUACUGCAUCCAAGCUUUGCCUGAAUUUGAUGGAAAGCGAUUCCAGAAUGUUGCAAAAGAAGGGCUAAAAUUUGAUGAAAGUGAAAAGGCUAAAGAGAAACAUGAAGCAAUGGAGAAAGAGUAUGAGCCACUCUUAACCUGGCUAAAGGACAAAGCACUAAAAGAUAAGAUUGAGAAGGCUGUGCUGUCCCAGCGUCUCACAGAUUCUCCUAGUGCACUUGUGGCCAGCCAGUAUGGAUGGUCAGGUAAUAUGGAAAGAAUAAUGAAGGCACAAGCCUACCAGACUGGAAAAGAUAUUUCAACAAAGUAAGUUUUUUUUUAAAUUUUAAACAGUAAUGUCCAAAGUUGCUGGUAUUGGGUCAGAAUAUCUAAGAGCCUAAAUCUAAAUUUAGAUUUAUGAUUUGAUGCAGGGCACUUAUUAAAAUAUUUCAAUUUGUUGCUUA